AUGAGUCGUGUAGAAGAUUCCACAGCUGACCAAAACGAAACUUGUUCUCAGAGUGAGGAAUCGAAAGCAAGAACUUGUUUUGAAAAUGAACACUCAAACACCUCUUCUUUGGAUUGGCAGCAGCAUUUUGAUGUAACCCUGGGAAGAAUGGUUUACAUCAACAAAAUAACUGGACUUAGCACAUUCAUUGCUCCUACUAAGGACAUUCGGGCUGCAUGCAAGAAAGACCUGACAACUGUGGCUGUGAAUGUCAUUCUUGAAAACGGGUCUCAGUACAGGUGUCAUCCUUUUAGAAGCGACCUUAUUCUUCCUUUCCUUCCUAGAGCUCAGGAAGAGAGGACUGUCAUGAGACAGAAUAACAGAGAUACUGUGGAUGAUGCUCUGGGUAGCAAACCGCUUCAGUCCUUGUUCUCAGAAUGGGACGAUCCAGUAUUUGCCCGUUAUCCAGAGGUUCUCCAGCAAGUGGAUAACAAGUUUAUUGCCUGUUUAAUGAGCACCAAGACUGAAGAGCAUGGUGAGGCAGGUGGAAACCUGCUAGUUUUGGUGGAUCAGCAUGCUGCCCAUGAGCGUGUCCGUUUGGAGCAGCUUAUUACUGAUUCCUAUGAGAAGCAACAGCUACAAGGCUCUGGUCGGAAAAAACUACUAUCUUCUACUAUAAGUCCACCUCUAGAGAUAUCAGUGACUGAGGAACAAAGGAGGCUCUUAAGGUGUUACCACAAAAAUCUGGAAGAUCUGGGCCUUGAAUUUGUAUUUCCAGACACUAGUGAUUGCCUGAUCUUUGUGGGAAAAGUACCACUCUGUUUUGUAGAAAGAGAAGCCAAUGAACUUCGAAGGGGAAGAUCUACUGUAACUAAGAGUAUCGUGAAGGAAUUUAUUCGAGAACAAGUGGAGCUACUCCAGACCACAGGAAGCAUCCAGGGGACUUUGCCACUGACGGUCCAGAAGGUGUUGGCAUCCCAAGCCUGCCAUGGGGCCAUUAAGUUUAAUGAUGGUCUGAGCCUAGAGGAGAGCCAUCGCCUUAUUGAAGCUCUGUCCGGGUGCCAGCUGCCAUUCCAGUGUGCGCACGGGAGACCUUCUAUGCUGCCCUUAGCAGACAUAGACCACUUGGAGCAGGAAGAAGAGAUUAAACCCAAUAUUGCUAAACUUCGCAAAAUGGCCCAGGCCUGGCGUCUCUUUGGAAAAGCAGAAGGAUGUGAUACAAGGCAGAGCCUGCAGGCACCCAUUCAUCUGUGUGAGCCAACAUAA